GCGAACGAGAGAGAGAGAGAGAGAGAGAGAUGGGGAAAGCGGCGAAGGGAUCGAGAAAGGGGAAGAAGGCAUGGAGGGCCAACAUCAGCACCGCUGACAUCGAGGACUACUUCGAUAACACCACCAAGGAGGCACUCGCCGGUGUCUCCGCACCCCCGCAAUCCCUCUUCUUUGAGAACAAAUCCGAUGAUCUCCCGCCUAAGAGGAAGAUUGAGAAGAAAAGAGAGAAAGUUCUCAAUUACGAGUUGAUUCUUCAGAAAAAUGAGUUUGUUCAGCCUGUUCCAUCUUCUACUCUGAAGAAAUCAUCGAAGAGGAAGAAAGAGAAGGCCUACGAGGAUAAAUCUCAAGCGCUGGUUACUUCUAAGGUCGACGAGGGUCUGGAUUCUGAAAACCUUGACUUAUGGAGUGAAAAAGAUGAAAUCAAUGGGAAGAUCAAAAAGAAUGCGGCAUCUCAUAUUCCAGCUGUUGAAGUUGAGCCACCUGGAUGUUCAUUCAAUCCUCCAUUUGAAGCUCAUCAAGAUUCAUUGGCUCAAGCAGUUGCAGUUGAGAUGCAAAAGAUCUAUAAGAGGGAAUUACAACCUGAGCCAGUGCCACUUAUUGUCACUGGUGAAGUACUUGAAGAGGAAGAUAGGUAUUUUCUUGAUGCUGAUGAUGGAAAUGAGAAUGACGUAGAUGAAGACGCAGAUAAUGCAGCUGAUGAGUUAAAUGCACAAAGGAAGUCAAUAGUUAAGAGGGUAACCAGAGUGGAGUUAAAUCGAAGAGCCAGGCGCAAAGAGCAAUUGAGAACAGAAGCUGAAGCGAAGAAGAUCAACCAUGUGCACAAGGAAAUUGAUUGUUUAUCAGAUAUAAUUGAAGAAAUAGCCAAGGAGGAUGAAGACAAAAACAGAAGACAUGUAAGACGAAUGGUAGCUAGACAAGAGAGGCUCAAGUCUGGACCACCUCGUUUGGGAAAGUUCAAAUUUGAACCAGCUCCUCCUCAAGUUCUCUUAACUGAAGAAAUCUCUGGCUCUCUUCGGAAGCUGAAGGGUUGCUGCAAUCUCUCAAGAGAUCGAUUCAAGAGUAUUCAGAAGCGAGGUUUACUCGCUCCAUAUAAAAUCAAGAAGAGGAGAUAGAUAAGAUGGUAGUGUUGAUGCUGGAUAACUCUCAAUAUCUUGAAUGCUGAAGAGCUUGAGUUGAAAUUAUGUUUUCUCUUGGAGGUUUAAAUGUCAUCUCUGUAACAUGCUUUCAAAUUUUUGUAUACACUUUAUGAGCAAUAACUCAAUAGCUCAAUAGGUCCUGCUCAAACCAUCAAAUUUUGUAGCAUGUUGCAUUAUAAGUUCCACUCAACUUAAUUUGUUGUUUUGUGGGUU